GGAAGUCCCUUGCCCCUGACCGGUCAGAUGAUGAGCACGACCCUCUCGACAACACCUCCAGACCCCGAUACUCCCACAGCUAUCUGAGUGACAGCGACACAGAGGCCAAGCUGACGGAGACUAACAAAUAGCCCAGGGGAGUAGUUCGCAGCCCUUUCACCCCACGGCCUAUGGCUGCCUGGGCACCACUCCCAGGAAGUGGUGGGGCGCCGGUCUCCCCCACCCGACUGCUGAUCUGCAUGGGAAACACCCUGACCUCCUUCUGUCAGGGGGACGUUCCAGGCUAUGGGUGUCUGAUGUCCACGUGGAAGAGGUGGGGGAAAGAGGAGUUUCUGAAGAGAACUUUUUGCUCCUCUCUGCCUCAAAAUGCCAGAUUCUUGGCUUCUACCCUGGGCCACUGUGGACAAUGGCAGGUGGCCUGGCACUGCAUGGCGCCAGCACAUUGACCUCCCUCUCAGCUCCCUGCUCAGGGACGGUGGACAGGUUGCCUACUGGGACACUCUAGGUUGCUGGGUCCAUGGGGAGGAUUGGGGGAGGAGCAGCAAUGCCUUCCCUCUCGUGUGGGGUGGGGGCUCUCUUCCUGGUGCCUGCUGUCUUUCUACUUUUUAAUUUAAAUACCCAACCUCUCCAUCACAGCUGCAUCCCUGAGAGUGGGAGGGGGCUGCAGGGGUAGCUGGGGCUCCCAAGAAUGACUCGGGAAUGUCAUCUCCAUCUUCACCCUUGAGAGAGCAGUCCUUUCUCUGUGCAGCUGGAGACAUUGGUGAGCAGAGCUGGGUCUUGGUUCUUACGAAUGAGUUCGGGAGGGGCUCUCCAGUACUGCUGGGCUGGGUUGAGCAAGCCUAUACAGACAAGUGUGCGUGUGGACCAUCCACACCUCCGGCCCCCACCCCACCCUCUUUGUCUCAGCGUGUUAUGUGCAAUGACCUAUUUAAGAUAAACCCAUUCCAACUACAGCAGUUCAGGGCUGAUCCAAGCACUGCCUCCCUCCUGCUCUGUCCAGGUAGCCUGGACCAUAAACUCAACUUGAGAGGGAAGACUUGGGGUUGAGGGCUUGUCAUCAGAAAAACUGAAGAUGGAAGUUUUGGCCAUUAGACAUGAGUCCUCACUCUGUGUCCUGAGCCCAUGUCAUUCUUCUUCUUCCAACCUCCCUGCCCCCACACACUUACCCCAGACACAACACCAUGUGGUCUGGAGGUCCCAGCCCCCACCCUAAAAAGGUUAUCCCUAACAACUCCACCAGACUUGGGAGCCCAAGGGCAGUGCCUGGUGCUGCUCCCAUCUGCCACCCCUCUUCUCUCCUGCAAUUGGUUUGUACUCACUGGGCUGUGCUCUCCCCUGUUUACCUGAUGUAUGGAAAUAAAGGCCCUUUUCCUCCUG